AUGCCUCUGUCAAAGUCUUUCAGGAUAGCUACGAACACAGUCCGCUUCGCUCGGAGCGUUCACUCCUCCCCAGUAGCCAGGGAUCACUUUCUAAAUGCCAAUCGAGAGGUUUUCGAGAAGCGAGCUCUGGAUGCGAAUUCAAGCAAGCCAUUAUUGGUAGACUUUACUGCGAGCUGGUGUGGCCCAUGCAAGAUUCUCGGGCCGAUGUUGCAGCGUCUGACAACGCCUGAUACACCGUAUGAUCUCAUGACGGUAGAUGUGGAUGAGAACAAUGCCUUGGCAGCAGAGUACAAGGUCUCUGCAGUUCCUUUCGUCGUUGGGUUUAAGAAUGGUAAACCGGUGGACAAGUUUAUCGGGAUGUUGCCCGAGGCCAAAGUCAAGGCCUUCUUGGAAUCACUAUGA